UGUGGUCUCAGACAUCCCGUUCCUGGACCGGCACCGUCCGGACUCCGCGUCCCAGCAUCCACCGCGCGAGCCCGGGAGUACUUCCGCCCUGUUGUGAAGUGGGUGUCUCGGUGGUCUUGGGGAGCAGUCUGUUUUCCAGGAGUCCCUUGAAGGACACAUUGUCAAUACAGGAAGUCAUCGGAUGAGGGCAGCCCAGCUGAAGUGAGGCAUCCAGGCCGGAUGAUGGCUGUGGCCCUGGAAUCCGAGGUUCAGGCCUCACCCCUACCAGAACCUGAAGAACUUCUGAUUGUGAAACUGGAGGAGGACUCAUGGGGGUCAGAAUCCAAGCCUCAGGAGAAGGACCGCAGCCCUGUGCCUGGCCCUGAGGUGUCCCGCCGGUGUUUCAGGCAGUUCCAGUACAGGGAUGCAGCUGGACCCCAUGACGCCUUCAGCCAGCUCUGGGCUCUCUGCUGUCGUUGGCUGAGGCCCGAAAUCCGCCUCAAAGAGCAGAUCCUGGAGCUGCUGGUCCUGGAGCAGUUCCUGUCCAUCUUACCCAGGGAGGUGCGAGUGUGGGUACAGGCACGCCAUCCUGAGAGCGGGGAGGAGGCUGUGGCCCUGGUGGAGGAUUGGCACCGAGAGGCUCAGGUUGCUGAACAUCGGGAGCUGGAGCCGUGUGCAGAAGAGACCAAGUCCUUAAAGGCAGUGCAAGAGUCUCAGAGCUUCCGGCUACAGCCAGUGGCUCACUGGUCUGAGGGACAGCCCCAGAAACCAUGGGUGAAGAAUGCUUGCUGUGACCUUCCCAAGAUGGCACCUUGGUCCUUGAAAGAGAGUGCUGUCCUCACUCCCCGAGUCCCUACUCUUCCAAAGAUGGGUAGCAUUGGAGAUUGGGAGGUGACAGCCAGGUCUCAGGAAACCCUGGGUCCCAGCAGACACACUGAGGAGUUCUGCAAGGACACCCCAGCAGAUGAAUGUGGAGACGGUGUGUGCCUGGGCAUUCCAGUUUCAGAGCCAAGCACCACCUCCCAGCAUGAACAAGGAUCAGAAAUUUGGGGACUGAGCCUUAUAACUUCUGGGAAAGGGAGCACUGCAGAUUAUAGCCUGGACAGUGAGCAAAACAAAACUGCUCAGGCAUCAGCCUGGAAGGACUCAGGGGCCUGGGAAGAGCAAGGCCAAUGGGAUGGGGAGGACAUGAAAGGAUCGGGCGUUCACUGGGGAUAUGAGGAGACCAAGAUUUUCCUGGCAAUUUUAAGUGAGUCUUCUUUCUCUGAAAAGCUUCGGACUUGUCACCAGAACCGCCAGGUAUACAGGGCUAUUGCAGAGCGACUAAGGGCACGGGGCUUCCUGCGGACACUGGAGCAGUGUCGCUAUAGGGUCAAAAACCUCUUACGGAAUUACCGGAAAGCCAAGAGCAGUCACCCACCAGGGACCUGUCCCUUCUAUGAAGAGCUGGAGGCCCUGGUGAUGGCUCGAACAGCCAUCAGAACGACAAAUGGACCAGGAGAGGCCAUGGCCCUUCCCAGGCUGGGCGAUAGUGAUGCUGAGAUGGAUGAGCAAGAAGAAGGGAACUGGGAGCCCGAGGAAGCAGCGGAAGACUGCAAUGCUGCUGGCCUGGCUGCUGAUGAAUCUACUCAGGUGCCCAGGAUUGCAGGGGGCCCAGCUCUGCUCCACAGUCGUAUUGCAGGUGUGCAUUGGGGCUACGAGGAGACCAAGGCCUUCUUGGCAAUUCUCAGCGAAUCCCCAUUCUCUGAAAAGCUUCGUACCUGUCAUCAGAACAGCCAGGUGUACCGGGCCAUUGCAGAGCGGCUGUGUGCACUGGGCUUCCUGCGGACACUGGAGCAGUGUCGCUACAGAUUCAAAAACCUUCUUCGAAGCUACCGGAAAGCCAAGAGCAGCCAUCCACCAGGGACCUGCCCCUUCUAUGAGGAGCUGGACUCACUGAUGAGGGCUCGGACUGUCAUCAGGGUCAUGAAGACUGUGGGAGAGGCCACAGGUCUUCCUGGAUCUGGGCAGAGCAGUACUGAGGCUGAUGACCAAGAAGCCUGGGGUGAGAUGGAAGAUGAAGAUGCCAUUAAACUUAUGACCCCAAAUCCCCAAACUCCAGAUCCAGGUUUUGAGAUGAGGCAUGAGGAUGAAGACCAGAUUUCAGAGCAGGACCUUUUGGGGGAUUUGCCUGGAGUUUUAUCAGAGUAUACUACAGAGCCUGUUUGCCAACCUCACGAUUCGGGGGAAGACAGUGAGAACGAAAAUGAAGGGGAGUGGAGAUGCCCUCCCCAGGACUCCUGGGAGGGGUGCUCCUCUGAGGACGACUUCGAAAAGCUCAUUGACCAUCAAGGCCUGUACCUCACAGAGAAGCCCUAUAAAUGUGACACGUGUGUGGAAAGCUUCAGUCGGAGCUCCCACUUCGUUGCCCACCAGUGGACCCACACAGGUGAGAAGCCUUACAAAUGCCUUGACUGUGGAAAACACUUCAGUGAUCGCUCCAACUUCCAUUCCCAUCAGAGAAUCCAUACUGGAGAGAAGCCCUACAAAUGCCUUGAAUGUAGGCAGAGCUUUAGCGACCACUCCAGUCUUAUCACCCACCAGAGAAUCCACUCUGGGGAAAAGCCCUAUAAAUGCGGGGCAUGCUGGAGAAGCUUCAACCAGAGCUCAAACCUACUGAAACAUCAGAGGAUCCACUUGGGAGAAAGUCUGGACCAGUGUAGUGAGCCUAUGGAGAAAGCUGGCCAAAACCCAUCUUUUAGUGCUCACUGGGGGAAUUCUGCAGAGGAAAGACCUGAGCCAUCUCAGAAUGUCAGCAUGAGGGUGAGUUCUCCUGGACCCCACAGCACCAACUCAGGAGAGAAACUGUAUCAGUGCUCUGAAUGUGGAAGAAGCUUCUCUAAGAGCUCUGCCCUCAUCAGUCACCAAAGAAUCCAUACGGGUGAGAAGCCAUAUGAAUGUGCAGAAUGUGGGAAAAGCUUCAGUAAGAGCUCUACCCUGGCUAACCACCAGCGAACCCACACUGGGGAGAAGCCAUUUAAGUGUACAGACUGUGGGAAGUGCUUCAGUGAGCGCUCUAAGCUCAUCACACACCAGAGAGUACACACAGGAGAGAAGCCCUACAAAUGCCUUGAAUGUGGAAAGUUCUUCCGGGACCGCUCGAACCUUAUCACUCACCAGAGAAUUCACACAGGGGAGAAGCCAUAUAAGUGCAGAGAGUGUGGGAAAUGCUUUAACCAGAGCUCCAGUCUCAUCAUUCACCAGAGAAUUCACACCGGGGAGAAGCCCUACAAGUGCACAGAGUGCGGCAAAGAUUUCAACAACAGCUCCCAUUUUAGUGCCCACCGCAGAACCCAUGCGGCAGGGAAAGCAUCGUAGGAGACUGCCUUCCCCCCGCCCCCCGGCAGAAGGGCAGUACAUCUGCACUUAUGUCUCCCAAGUUUCUAAAAUACAUACUUGAAAGAAACCAUCCAAUUUUUAAGCUUGGUGUAUACCUAUAGGUAUUAUCUUGGUAAAAUUCAGGUAAUUUGGAAGUGAAUUACAAUUACUAAGGAUUAAGAUCUGAAGGUACUUUUCUCAAGUGUAAUUUGUUUUUCUCAUACAAACCACC